GUCAUCCAUUACUACUAUUAUAGUUAAUAGUAUGCUCUAUUGACCCACUGUACAUAAUAAAAAAUAGUGGUCAGUCGGCUGUCUUUAGAUGAAUUACGUUUAAUAGAUGAUUGAAAUACAGAAUUAAAAAUAAAGAAUAACAUUUUUUUUUUAACUAGAGUCAGUGAGAAAUAUAAGUGUAAGCAUAAAAGUUAUAAAUGCAUAUACAAAUUGAAAAUAAUAAUUACAAUUUACAAUGGUAAUUACUAAUUUAUACCUGUAUAUUAUAAGUAGCAAUUGUUAUACCUACGUAUAUAGUCAUAUUUUACUUUCGAGAACGUUAACGCAAUAAUAUCGAAUUUUAAAUAUCUACGUUUUUUGUAUAUUCUAAAUAGGUUGAGUACCUAUAUAGGCAUAUUGUAUAUUCCUUGAAUAAUGUAAUAACUAAUAAUGAUCGUCUACGGCUUACAAAUAAAAAUUAUUACUCAAUUAACGCAGCAUAUACACGCUUGAUGAAAUGGCAGGCUUGUUGUACAACUGUAAAAAAAAAUAAUGAGGAUACAACAAUAAUAUAAUUGUGAAGUCUAAUCAGAGUUAUAUAAAAUUCAGUAAAAUAUAUCAGUAAAAUUAAAAUAUGUUAACUUCGAAAAAAUUAAGAUAUAUUUUUGUAGUAUAGUAAAAAAUCUCUUAUAGUUCUUCAAUGUUUUGAACUCAAUUGUUUGUAAAUUGUAAAAAUAAAAGAAUUUUUAGUUCAAACGGUUUAAUAUUUAGGUAUAUAAAACGCACGGCUUUAUUCUAUCUAGAGCCGUGAUAAAACGUAACAACUAACAUUAGGGCCAAUCAUAACGAAAAAUUAAGAAAAAAAAAAGUUAUGUAAACCUAAGUAGUACCAUUUAGACAUUUAGAACUCGAUGGUACGCGUACUGUUAAAAUUUUGAGCAUGAAAUAAAUAAUCUAAUGUUUAACGGUAUGUACCUAUAGUUGGUAGGUACUAUUAUAGAAUGUACGCGGUCGGGUGUAGCUCUUUGGUAACCACUCUUGGUUCGGUCGUUAACCCAGAAGAUAAUAAUAUUAUGAUGCUGCCGAAGACCGUACGCGGUCUCGCCAACCGAAAACUUACGUACACGAUUACCGAAACUUUGGUGCGUCAAAUGUUGUCCCGACAAGCAGCACUAAUGGCACCAUUAAGACUUAAGUAUAAGACAGCGUCGUCCUGGAAAUGGGAAUCGAAGACGGUCAUGGGCACGGGCUCAGCAAAAGGUGCCAAUAUAAACCAUCCACUGAAUUGGUUGAUGUUUGGGUUGAAUGGAGCUGAAAUUGUUUUCAACUUUACAACUACAAUUGAUGGUCUAAAUUUAAACUCUAAACCUUAA